AAUAUAUAUGAUCAGUAGAUUCGGACAUACAAGCAUUAUUUUCAGGCUGGGCAAGAACACAAGAUGUACUUACUGACAGGACUAACAUUAUGUACAGUGUCACUUAUUGUUCUGGGUGCUUUGAGGGAUGAAUGUGCCUCUAACAGUGAUUGCCCCACCACACACUGCUGUGUGACGGAUUACCACGGGAAGUACUGUUCCGCCUAUCAGAACGCCUCCCAGCCUUGCCAUCUCCCUGGUCAUUCACUUCACCUCUAUCAUUGUAACUGUGCUCCGGGUCACAAUUGCCAACCAUUCCAUUUAUCUGCGGAGGGGUCAAUAGCUGGUGCUCUUCAUCAAGUGGAAGAAAUCAUGACACACACCGGUUUUGGGACAUGCGAACCAAUUGUAUAGAUCUGCACCAUUUGAUUAAAUUUAUAAAAUAUGAAA